AAUCGACAAAUGUUUAGCACGCACGUUUGUAUGACCCUCUGCUCUGCACAUGUGAAACGCAAUGUUCGGAAGUCCGAAUUGUAACACAACUGGAGAAUCCCAAUAAUUGAACAGAAUUGAAAUACAUUAGCAUUCACAAGCGAUACUAUCGCAGAAAGAGACAUAGUCAAGAUGAUUCCGUCAGACUUGUCCCAAGCCAAGGAGGACGGCAAUGGUGUUCCUGCGAAUGCCAAGCGUAGUAAACCCGAGGACCAGGGGGAGCAAGACGCCGUCCUCCGACCAGUGAAGCUCUCCCGUACUGAGCUGUACAAACCCCCGACAGUGGAAGAGCUCAACCAGCUGAAAGAGGCCGAAAGCCUCUUCCACUGCAGUCUGCUUAAAAUGCAGAUGGAAGAGCUGCUGAAAGAAGUGGCCCUGAGUGAACGUAGAAAAAAACAAAUCGACUCCUUCGUCAAGACCGUUACAGAAGCUCUGCAGAGUGUGCCCUCUUUUCCAAAAGUUGAGCUCGGUGACCUGUCCUGGCUGGCGGGUUCAGUGAAGGUCCCAUUCAUCAUGAUGCCUGCAGAAAAUGCCGGCAAGUUCCAAAUGGCACCACCAGCAUCUGUGGAUCUUAUAGGAAGUUACCCUUUGGGCACCUGCAUCAAACCACGCAUCACUGUGGACCUUGCAGUCACCAUCCCGGCCGAAGUCCUGCAAACCAAGGACGAUAUGAACCAGAGAUACCCAAGGAAGAGGGCGCUUUACCUGGCAGGCCUGGCUCAGCAUCUCUCCUCUUCAGCUGAAAUCGGAAGCAUGCGCUACUCCUGCCUCCACGGGAAUCGCCUGAGGCCCCUUUUGCUGCUGACCCCUUCAGGCAAAGAGUCAAGCAACUUCACGGUGCGUCUCCAUGCGUGUCUCCCACCCGGAUACUUCAAGCCCAGCCGCUUCCACCCGCAGAGAAACAACAUCCGGACCAAGUGGUACACCGGCCUGGACUCCUCAGAUCCAGAAAGCCCAGAACCUCCCACGCCACAUUACAACAGCUCAGUUCUAGGGGACAUGCUGCCCAGAGCCCACCUUCAGUUCCUCUCCGCGGUCAGCUCUCAGUGUCCAGCAUUUGCCGAAGGAGUGGCCUUGAUCAAAGUCUGGCUCCGGCAGAGGGAACUCGACCAGGGCGCGGGAUGUUUCAAUGGCUUCCUGGCUUCCAUGACUUUGGCGUACCUUCUGAGUAAACACAGAGUCAACAACAACAUGACGGCCUAUCAGCUGCUCCGAAACACGCUGCACUUUCUUGCUACCACAGACCUGACGGAGACUGCAAUUACCCUAGCGAGGAAACCAGACUCAACUGCACCAUCCCUGCCUGAGUUCCAGGAUGCCUUCCAGGUUGUGUUUGUCGACCCCUCUGGACACCUGAACCUGUGUGCUGAGAUGACAGAGUGCACCUACAAACAGGUGCAGCAUGAGGCCUCCCUAUCCAUGCAGUUCUGGGACGACGCCACGGUGAACGGCUUCCAUGCCCUCCUCAUGACUCCGAAGCCCCUGGAGAGGACCAGCGACCACAUCUUCCAACUCCUGGAGCUGGUCAAGCUUCAAGCCAGCUGUAAGAAACUGAAACUGCUCAGUGAGCUGAUGGACCACAGUGGGAACUAUGUCCGCACGAUGCUGCCCUACAUCCUGUCCCUCCUCCAACAGGGACUAGGCCAGAGAAUCCUCCUCCUGACCCACUCCCUUUCACCGGACCCAGAGUGGACGGUGGAGGCUGAACCCCCAAAGCACAAAGCCCAGCCUCCGCUCUCCUUCGGCCUGAUCUUACGGCCCGAUUACGCAGCCUCGGUCCUGGAGAGGGGCCCGCCUGCAGACAGUCCCAAGGCGGCAGAGUUUCGUAAGCUGUGGGGCCCGCGCUCCGAGCUGCGCCGCUUUCAGGACGGCGCCAUCACAGAGGCCGUGCUCUGGACCGGAGAGAGCGCCUGUGAGAAGCGGCUGGUUCCCAGGCAGAUUGUCAAUCACCUGCUACAGCUUCAUGCAGAUAUUCCAGAAUCCUGUGUGAGAUACGUUGGGGCCAUGAUGGAUGAUGUCAUCCAAAUGAGCAACGAUGUGCCUAGUACUGGGGAAGAAGAGAGUUUAAAGGUGGUUCAGUCUUACGACGACUUGAGUAGGAAGCUGUGGAGGCUAGAAGGUCUACCCCUGUCUGUCACUGCUGUCCAGGGAGCACACCCUGCACUCAGAUACACACAGGUCUUUCCCCCGAAACCCCUGAAGUUGGACUACUCUUUCUUUGGUAAAGAAAAGAGUUCCAGAUCACUUUUGCCCAAAGAGGGUAAACCUUGCCCGGUCUAUAUCGAACCCAUCACAGUGGUGUGUCACAUGGAGGGCAGCGGGAAGUGGCCCCACGACCGCGUGGCGAUCCGCCACCUCAAGGCGGCCUUUCACCUCAGUCUGGGGGAGCUGCUGACCAAGGAGCACAGCUACACCUGCAGGCCCUGCCCCACCCACCUGGACGUCUGGAAGGAAGGCUACGCCUUCCGCGUCCACGUGGCGUACCACCGCGAGCCCCAGGUGCUGCGGGAGAGCGUGGGCCCCGACGGGCUGCUGGUGGUCCGGGACAACGAGGCCGCCCAGGCCCUGGAGCUGGCCACCGUGCACCGGCCCCUGCUGACCAGCACCCUGCACGGGCUCCAGCAGCAGCACCCCUGCUUCGGCGCCGUCUGCCGCCUCGCCAAGCGCUGGCUCGGAGCACAGCUGCUCAGCGACGACAUCAGGGAGGACGCGGCCGACCUACUGGUGGCCUCGCUCUUCCUGCACCCCGCCCCCUUCACUGCCCCCAGCUCUCCUCAGGUGGGAUUCCUGCGCUUCCUCCGCCUGCUUUCAUCCUUCGACUGGAGGAACAACCCCCUGGUGGUUAACCUCAACAGCAAGCUGACAGCGGCCGACUACACGGACAUCAAGAACGACUUUGUGGCAGGCAGAGACUCCCUGCCGGUCAUGUUCAUAGCCACGCCCAGCGACAAGAAGCUGUCCCUGUGGACCAAGCGGGAACCUAGCGUACAGAUGAUGCAGCGGGCGGUGAUGCUGGCGGCGGAGAGCCUCAAGGUUCUGGAGCCCCAGCUGAAGGACGGCACCCAGAUACAGGACGUCAAGGUGGCAAUGCGUCCCCCCUUAGACGCCUACGAUGUGUUGAUCCACCUGCUGCCCAAGCAGGUCCCCCUGCUCAAGCAGGCGGUGGACCCUCCGCUGGUGGUCUUCAGCAGGGGGACCGAGGCAGGCAAGGCGGGCACUCCUGGAGGGGCCAUGCCCGUCAUAGACUACAACCCCGUCGCUCUCUACCUGUCAGAGCUCAGGGAUUCAUUUGGAGACUUGGCCCUGUUCUUCUGUGACCCUUACGGUGGUACGGUGAUCGCCGUGUUGUGGAAGCCCAAAGCCUUCAAACCAGUGCCCUUCAAGACCUCGGAGAUAAAGGCGCGGCGUGUGGAGGUGAAAGGGGAGCAGGCGCAUAGUGUGCCCAACGUGGAGGCCAUCGUGGAGGACUUCAGUGUGAUGGGGAAGGAUCUGGUCAGGUCGGUGGAGGCCAGGACGGAGAGGUGGAGCGUCUAGAAGACAUGCAGCCAUACCAUCAUGCCAUUAUGAUCUCAAAGUAUGUCGGGGAGAAGUCAGACGUUGGUUGUUAUUUUCAGAACAUUCUGUUAAAUUUGUUAUUCUUAUUCAGCUUUCGUGUACAUUACAAUAUAUAAUUCUUAUUCGGUUUUAGUAUACUUGUAGGAUAAGACGUGACAUGUUUGUUAUUGGCGGACUGGUUUAUUAAAAGAUUCUUAAAUACUUGUUUCCCUUAUUUCCUUCAUAGAUACUAAUCCUACAGCAGUUAACCGCACUAUAAUGUAAAUGUGACAAUGGCUAUGAAGUUAAUAAAAGUAAGUCGGUAAAACACA